CUUAACGUAACGUAACGUGUUACAUUCUUGUGCGGAGGCUCUUACGCUCAUAGUCCUCACCGAGGAAAGUGGCGCCUCGUAGCAGAGACUUUAGAACUAAAUAUCGACGUUACAACCAAGAUACGAAUCAUUUUCAGCCAAGAUUCAAACCAUUUUUUACCGACUCGAACUGUACGGUCAACGUGUUUUAUCGAGACGCUGUUAGAUAGCGCCAGGUUAAGCGCAAACUGUGUAUUUGAAUUAUUCGUUAGACACUAAAGUACACAUUUAAUAAUUAAUAUAUCGAAAAAAUAGUUAUUAUAUAGUAAUAUUUCCGGAUUCAUUUUAUUAUUUAUUCGUUAUAAUAAUUGCAUAAGAAUUUGAACGAUACAUCCAAGAAGAAGGUUUACUUGGGAAGGUUGCUUGAGCACAGCAGUUAUUUCCGGAUUCGAUGAGACUCGGCACGUGGGAGUACACGAUCAUUUCGUCUCUUACCGUCGAAACAUAUUACAAGUAGAAUAUUGCGGACAUGGAGAACGGUCAGAAAGAAACGAAAACCGAAGAUACAAGUAACGUCGCAGAACAGGUCGCCGACGAGGUUACUGAUAAGGUUAAGAACGCCAUGCCGAUCGCCGGUGAUGCGAACGACGUAAAAGACGAGGAUGAAGGAAAAGAGAAAAACGAUGCAAAAGGAGAAGAUGACCUGAAAGAAGAAAAAGAUACAAAAGAAGGAAAUGAUAUCAAAGAAAAAAAUGAUGCAAAAGAAGAAAAUGAUGUAAAAGAAGGAGAUGAUACAAACGAGGAAAAUAAUGUAAAAGAAAACGACAUGAAAGAGGAUGAACCGACAGAACUGUUGGAGAAGAUCAAAGAUCAAGUAGAGUACUACUUUGGCAAUGUGAAUAUGCAGAAGGACAAGUUCCUUAUUGAACAAACAAAACUAGACGAUGGCUGGAUCCCAAUGACCAUAAUGUUGAACUUUAAACAGCUAACGAAUCUUAGCAAAAGCAUCGACAUAAUUCUUAAAGCUCUAGAAGCUAGUGAUCUCAUGGAAAUUUCUGAGGAUAGGAAAAAGAUACGGCGUUCACCCAAACAUCCUUUACCAGAGUACAAUGAGGAAUACAGGAAAGCCCAAGAAGCUAGGACAGUUUAUGUCAAAGGAUUCCCACAGACAGGCAUGACUAUUGAGAAACUAAAAGCAUUUUUUGCUGCAUACAAACCUUUUGAGACUAUUAUAAUGAGGAAAUAUCAAGAUAAAGAAAAAAAUUUAAAGUUCAAAGGAUCCAUUUUUAUACAGUUCCAAACUUUGGAUGUCGCUAAAAUUUUCAUGGCUGUAGAAUCUAUAAAAUUUAAUGAUGUCACUUUAAUAAGAAAAUGGGCCGCUGAUUAUGCAGCGGAAAAAGCACAGGAAAAGGAAGAACGUAGAAGAAAGAAACCAGACAAUAAAUCAAAGAAGGCAGCGGAUGCGGAACAAAAGGGAAACAAUGAUGAAGAAGCGGAUUCGACAUCUGCGACAGAAAUCAAGUUGCCAAGAGGUUCAGUUAUUCAUUUCUCCGGUGUUUGUAAGACGUGUGUCAGGGAAGAUAUCAAAGAUCGCUUAGAACAAUUGAAUGCCGAAAUCGCGUAUAUUGAUUUCCAAAGAGGCGAUGAAAAAGGAUGGAUUCGCUUGCAGGGUGAGAAUGCUGCUAAGCCUUUGGUAGACAAAAUGGAAGACGGCAAGAUGAAAAUCCAAGACUUUUAUGUCACGUGUAAAGUACUGGAAGGUAAGGAAGAAGAAGAGUACCUUAUCAAAGUGACAGAAGAUAUGAUGGCUGCGAAAAAUAAGCACAGUAAAGGGAAACGUGGCGGCAAAAAAGGUCGUAACGCACGAGGUGGGAAGAAGAGGGGCAACAGUCCUGCUCGCGAUGCAGUUCCUGCAAAGAAGGGUAAAGUGUCCGAGUAAGAUUGCGAAGUCUCCGCGAAAAACUUCCGUGGAGACUUCGAAACUACACACAAAUUAUUAUUUUGAUAAUGUAUAUUUUCAUCCUUUUGACCACCCUAUAUUCGAAAAAGAGAAAUAGUGAUACGUAGAUUGUACGUAGUACAAUUCAUGAUUGUGCUUUGUGAACAGAAAACAGGUUUAAGUUCUGUAAAAAUAUUUUCGUUAUAUCUCAUCGACAUUGUUACAACUCAUAUGUAAUAUAUAUAUAUAU